AAGUUCAAUCUUCGAGAAAGUUAAAUUCAAAAAACCAGCCAGCGCCAGCCAAUCGCACGGAUGUCCCAGCGACCUAGCGGGGAAACCUGUGCUGCAGAAGUCUGGUGUCUGUGUAUGAUAUGAUCCCAGUUGAUGAAUGCAUCAUUAUCAUCACGCUUCAUGUCCCUUUCCCUUUUUGUCCCACCUCCUUUCUUUAACUCAUAUUAUUGUUCUUGUUCCUAUAUUGUGCUUUGUUCUUCUGAGCGAAAGCACACACUCGAUGACUCCCCUGGACUACGCCCCAACUUACUUGUCAUGUCGUUAUGCAUUUCCCACACUCCCCUCCCUUCGCUCUGAUCUCCCCUUCUGUCGCGUACCCUGGAUGUUUUCGACCGGUGAUUGUAGAUCUGCAAUAUGGAUUAUCCUCCAUUCAAAGACUUACCCUCACUGCGUGCGCAAAUCACAGAACCACGACCAGAAGGGAGAGCAGGGUUGGAAGGAAGAAGCUGAAGGGAGGUGAACAACCCCUUCCACCCACCCACCCAUCUUGCCCUUUCACACAAUCCCCCUUGCCCCCCCUAAUAAUUGAACCCUCGAUUGAUUCUACACUGAUUUCUGACGAUGAAUACGUGGCGUGACGUGACGUGGCCUGGACCCGAAACAUGAUCCGACUUGAUGAGGGAAGGACGGAAGGAAGUGUGGAGGAAGUG